CAACGGUCCGGAAGAUGUCGCUCGGGCCAGUCCUAAAAAACUUCCGCCUUAAGUUGUAAAGAAAACACAGCAGCUAAAAGGCGAUCGACGGCGUAACCAGCCCGUUUAAGAAGUCAGACCAAAGGCUCUUGUCACUCUGGAGCUUGAGUGGGUUUCAGAGUGUGUGUGAGUGUGAGUGGGUGAGUGCAUGUGUGAGUGUGUGUGAGCUGCAGUUUCCUCCUCACUGUUUCAACAAGAGCUGCUCCUCCCUGGAGGAUGACAAUGGAGGAGAUGAAGAAUGAAGCGGAGACAAACUCCAUGGUAUCCAUGACGCUGUAUGCCGUGAUGUACCCAGUUUUCAAUGAGCUGGAGAGGAUCAACCUGUCAGCAGCUCAGACACUAAGAGCAGCCUUCAUAAAGGCGGAGAGGGAGAACCCUGGCCUGACUCAGGACAUUAUAAUGAAGAUCUUGGAGAAAAAGAACGUCCAAAUCAACUUCACCGAAUCCCUACUGCGCAUGGCAGCUGAUGAUGUGGAAGAGUUCAUGAUUGACCGACCUGAGCAGGAGUUCCAGGACCUAAAUGAGAAGGCCAGAGCCCUGAAACACAUCCUCAGCAAAAUCCCCGAUGAGAUCAAUGACAGAGUACGCUUCCUACAAACUAUCAAAGACAUAGCCAGCGCCAUUAAAGAGCUCCUGGACACAGUCAAUAAUGUCAUUAAAAAAUAUCAGUACCAGAAUCGCAGAGCCCUGGAGCACCAGAAAAAGGAGUUUGUGAAAUACUCCAAAAGUUUCAGCGACACCCUCAAAACAUACUUCAAAGACGGAAAGGCAAUAAACGUCUUCAUCAGUGCAAACCGGCUCAUCCACCAAACCAACCUCAUACUGCAGACCUUCAAAACCGUGGCCUAGCCUUCCAUCUCCUCCCCCCUGAGACCACAGCGUCCCCUCCCACCCCCCUACAACGUCCUGCGGGGGAGCAACUGCUAGAACGGCGGAAGCUUGAAGAGCGCCUCACCCAUAUAUGUAAAUUAGAGUUAAUUUUAGGGUCGGGGGCGAUUUCAUUGGAGUCGAGAUUCUAGAUUCCAGUUCAAAAGACUGAAAAGUGCCAUUUGUGAUUUUCAAUGAGGAUUUUCCAGUCUUGAAAUGGAACUGAAUGGGGCCCAAAGUCUUGGUUAAUUGCUUUUAUUUGGACAAUUUUAAUUUAUAACCCCGGUCUUGUUGGGAGGUGGUGAGGCGAGUUGUUUAUUAAAGACUAAUUGCCAUUUUUCUAAUAUAUUCAUGUUGAUCAUUUUACUUUUAGCUUUUCAGUCAUGGCUACACAUCUGAGACCGCACUCAGUAGGGGUGAGUCUCAGGCGUCUAUACUGGUUUUCUCUUCUUGCCUCCUAUUUUGUGUCAUUUUUGCCAUGGUCUGUAUGCGCAGGACUGACAAAAGCACCUGACUGCAGGCGAAAAACAGUCGCGAGGAGAGGAAGCAGUGUUGGACAUUUGAGGCAGACUCAGAUUUUGUUUCUCUUUAUUAUCAGAAGAAAGCCAAAUGACUUCCAGCACAGUGUGCGCCUUACCAAGUCCUGUAACAUUCCCUCCUCUCAGAGUGUAAUGAAGUGGAGCCAGUCCCUGCUGUUGGGGGAUGUAGAGAGAGAAAUGAAAGUUCUGUAUUUAACUGAUAUCUGGUUGCAAAUGUUCAAUAAAUAGUUUCCAAAUGA